GGACAAUAUUCUUGAAAGUUGAAACUCAAGCAAGCACAGGGGCAAAGAAUAAAACAAAAUUACGGGGGAAAAUGGUUCAGGGCGGGUGUGAAGUGUGAACUUCGAUUCGCCAGACGGUUAGCGAUCCCGCGUUAGAGGCAUCCGAUAAUUUGAACGUAUUAGUUAGUUACUUUAACUGUAAUAACUUUUCUCCCCUAUCUCCUUGUCAUAGUCAACAAUGGCUUCUCACCUCCUCAGACGAACCCUUGGAAGUCGCACUAGCCAAAUCUUCUAUUCUUCGAACCCCAGGGGCUUCUCUUCCGUCUCUACUCCGAUUCGAGCUACUCUUUUUCCUGGCGAUGGUAUCGGACCCGAGAUCGCCGACUCCGUCAGACAGGUAUUUAAAGCAGCAGAAGUACCAAUAGAGUGGGAGGAGCACUACGCUGGGGACCAAAUUGACCCGCGAACACAGAGUUUUUUAACAUGGGAAAGUUUAGAAUCUGUAAGGCGAAAUCAGGUUGGCUUGAAAGGGCCAAUGGCAACUCCCAUAGGAAAAGGUCAUCGUUCAUUAAACCUGACUCUAAGGAAAGAACUAAAUUUGUACGCCAAUGUCCGUCCUUGCUACAGCCUUCCUGGCUACAAAACUCGAUAUGAUGGAGUAAAUCUUAUCACUAUCCGUGAAAAUACGGAAGGCGAGUACAGUGGACUUGAACAUCAGGUUGUGAGAGGCGUGGUAGAAAGUCUCAAAAUCAUUACUCGUCAAGCAAGUCUGAGGGUAGCUGAAUAUGCUUUUCACUACGCCAAGACACAGGGAAGAGAGAGGGUGUCUGCCAUACACAAAGCCAACAUUAUGCAAAAGACGGAUGGUCUUUUCCUUAAGUGCUGUCGCGAGGUUGCAGCGAAGUACCCUGAGAUAACAUAUGAGGAAGUUGUGAUUGACAAUUGCUGCAUGAUGCUAGUGAAAAAUCCAGCACUUUUUGAUGUGCUGGUGAUGCCCAAUCUUUAUGGUGAUAUUAUCAGUGACCUUUGCGCUGGUUUGAUUGGGGGUUUGGGCUUAACACCAAGCUGCAACAUCGGUGAGGGAGGUAUUGCACUUGCUGAGGCCGUGCAUGGUUCAGCACCUGAUAUUGCUGGAAAGAACUUGGCGAAUCCGACUGCCUUGCUGCUGAGUGCCGUCUCAAUGUUGCGCCAUUUGAAGCUCAAUGACAAAGCGGAGCAGAUUCAAAACGCCAUUCUCAACACAAUAGCAGAAGGGAAACACCGUACCGCUGACCUUGGCGGCACUUCCACAACAACUGACUUCACAAAAGCAAUUUGCGAUCAUCUUUAAAAUUUGCCUUGGUGUUGGGAGGAAUUGUUGUGAAUUUUUGCCCCAGUUAUCCAAGCUCUGAGAUUUAACUCAGUUUUUUUUGGAAGAACUGAAGAAUAGUAGGAUUACAUUAGCUCAAUGGAAAGCGCAUUUAAGUAAGCGAACUAUACGCCACAGUCGUUGAGGGGCAAAACCAGCUUCAAAUAACCGCCUGCCUAUGUUGUGCCUAGCAUCGAGAGGGCACGGAGUCCUUGUUAUUAUUUAGGAUGCCCCCAUUCAUUGUGCUUUUCUGACAUCUCUGAGAAUUUCUACAGGUCGGGAAUGAAUAAUGAUUUUAUAUUGACGAUUAUGUUUGACAAUUCGUUCGAAGCAAGUUUUGUAAUUUUAGACCACUUUAUUUUAGCGAAUGGAAUGCCGUCGCAUCAGUUAUUAUAUUGCAAUGCUGUUGGGAAA